AGGGCCGGGAGCCGCGCCGAUCCCGUCCCGUCCGUGCGGCCCCGUCCCGGCUUUGUGGCGCUCGGGGGCGGGGAAGCGCCGGGAAGCGCAGGGGAGCGGAGGGAAGCGGGGAAGGCUCCGCUCCUCCUCCGCGGCCCCGGCCCCGCUCAUGGCGACGCUGGGCACAUCCGGGCCUCUCCUCAUCCUCCUCCUCCUCCUCCUCCGGCGGCCGCCGCUGCCCUGAGCGCCCGGCCCGGCUCCAUUCGCGCCUCCCCCGAGCCCUUGGCGGAGCAGCGGCGGGGGAGCCCCGGCCGGGGCCAUGUCCAACCCGGGGGCCCGGCGGAACGGGCCCGUCAAGCUGCGGCUGACAGUACUGUGUGCAAAAAACCUGGUGAAAAAGGAUUUUUUCCGACUCCCCGAUCCCUUUGCCAAGGUUGUGGUGGACGGAUCUGGCCAAUGCCAUUCUACAGAUACUGUGAAGAAUACACUUGAUCCCAAGUGGAAUCAGCAUUACGACCUCAACAAGGAAAACUGGAAAAUUCAAGACAGGUACAUUGGGAAGUCGGAUUCAAUAACAAUCAGCGUGUGGAAUCACAAGAAGAUCCAUAAAAAGCAGGGAGCUGGUUUUCUGGGCUGCGUGAGGCUUCUUUCAAAUGCCAUCAACCGCCUUAAAGACACUGGUUAUCAGAGGUUGGAUCUGUGCAAGCUUGGGCCAAACGACAACGAUACUGUCCGAGGGCAGAUAGUAGUGAGUCUCCAGUCCAGGGACCGAAUAGGCACAGGGGGACAAGUCGUGGAUUGCAGUCGGUUGUUCGACAACGAUUUACCGGAUGGGUGGGAGGAGCGCAGAACUGCCUCUGGAAGGAUCCAGUACUUAAAUCACAUCACGCGGACGACGCAGUGGGAGCGACCGACACGGCCAGCAUCCGAGUACUCCAGCCCGGGCAGGCCACUGAGCUGCUUUGUGGACGAGAACACUCCGAUCACGGGCACCAACGGCGCGAGCUGCGGGCAGGCGGCCGACCCCCGGCUGGCCGAGAGGAGGGUCCGCUCCCAGAGGCACAGGAACUACAUGAGCAGGACACACUUGCACACUCCUCCUGAUCUACCUGAAGGAUAUGAACAAAGGACGACUCAGCAAGGCCAGGUCUAUUUUCUGCAUACUCAGACUGGUGUCAGCACGUGGCACGAUCCAAGAGUACCCAGGGAUCUUAGCAACAUCAAUUGUGAGGAGCUUGGGCCGCUGCCUCCUGGAUGGGAGAUCCGAAACACAGCCACGGGCAGGGUUUAUUUUGUUGACCAUAACAACAGGACGACGCAGUUCACAGACCCGCGGCUCUCCGCGAACCUGCACUUGGUCCUGAACCGGCAGAACCAGCUGAAGGACCAGCAGCACCAGCAGCAGCAGCAGGUGGUGUCGCUGUGCCAGCUCCCGGACGAGGCCGAGUGCCUGACGGUGCCGCGCUACAAGCGGGACCUGGUGCAGAAGCUGAAGAUCCUGAGGCAGGAGCUGUCCCAGCAGCAGCCCCAGGCUGGGCACUGUCGCAUCGAGGUCUCCAGGGAGGAGAUUUUUGAGGAAUCCUACAGGCAAGUCAUGAAGAUGAGGCCCAAAGACCUGUGGAAACGAUUAAUGAUCAAAUUCCGUGGGGAGGAAGGCCUUGAUUAUGGAGGAGUUGCCAGGGAGUGGCUCUACCUGUUGUCCCAUGAGAUGCUGAACCCAUAUUACGGGCUCUUCCAGUAUUCCCGAGAUGACAUUUACACCCUGCAGAUCAACCCCGACUCCGCCGUCAACCCGGAGCACCUGUCCUAUUUCCACUUCGUGGGCCGGAUCAUGGGCAUGGCCGUGUUCCACGGGCACUACAUCGACGGCGGCUUCACGUUGCCUUUCUACAAGCAGUUGCUGGGGAAGCCAAUUACUUUGGAUGACAUGGAAUUGGUUGACCCUGAUCUCCACAACAGCUUAGUCUGGAUACUUGAGAACGACAUCACGGGCGUGCUGGACCACACGUUCUGCGUGGAGCACAACGCGUACGGGGAGAUCAUCCAGCACGAGCUCAAACCCAACGGCAAGAGCAUCCCCGUGACAGAGGAGAACAAAAAGGAAUAUGUCAGACUUUAUGUGAACUGGCGGUUUUUACGAGGAAUCGAAGCGCAGUUCCUGGCGCUGCAGAAGGGAUUUAAUGAAGUAAUCCCCCAACAUCUGCUGAAGACAUUUGAUGAGAAGGAGUUGGAGCUCAUCAUCUGUGGACUGGGAAAAAUCGACGUGAACGACUGGAAGGCGAACACCAGGUUAAAACACUGUACCCCGGACAGCAACAUCGUCAAAUGGUUCUGGAAGGCCGUGGAGCUCUUUGACGAGGAGAGGAGGGCGCGGCUGCUGCAGUUCGUGACCGGCUCCUCCCGAGUGCCCCUGCAGGGCUUCAAGGCACUGCAAGGUGCUGCAGGCCCGCGGCUCUUCACCAUCCACCAGAUCGACGCCAGCACCAACAACCUGCCGAAAGCUCAUACCUGCUUCAACAGGAUCGACAUUCCCCCGUACGAGAGCUACGAGAAGCUCUACGAGAAGCUGCUGACGGCCAUCGAGGAGACCUGCGGCUUCGCCGUGGAGUGACCCUGCCCAGCCUCUCCCACCUCUAUUUAUACUCCUGUCAGCCACCAAGCCCUUCCUUCCCUCAGCCAAGACUCAAGAGAUGCUUGAAAUACAGGAAACUUUCCCUUUUCUACACUAGGACACUGGGAGGGAAAGGACAACUUUGGAUUUUUUUUUUUUUUUAAUUUUUUUUUUAAUUUUUUAUUUCAAGAAAAUGGGUUCUGUGGUUCCUGCCAUGGGAUCAUUCAGCUGCUAUUAAAAACUAAUAUCUUGAACAUACAGAAUGCUGACUUUUCCUACAUUUCAACAGUUAAGCAGUAUUCUAUACUUAAAGACUACUACUAUUUUUGUAAGAGGUAAUCUAUUAUAUUUGCCUACCUGAUUUCUAUUCUCAGAUACCAAGACACAACUUCAGCAGUCGGUACAAGUCACGUUUCAGCCUGUUUUAAAUGUAUGAUACUGAACAGCAUCUAUUCCUGCUAUUUUUGGAAAAAAAAAAAAAAAAGAAAAAAGAAAAAAAUAUUUUGGAUUAUUCUAACUUUGCAUAAAAUUGGCUGAAAGAAUCAUUAACCUUUUUAAUUCAAGGCACUUACAUGUUAACUGCAUUUUCUUAUAGGGAAACAUUAUAUUCUGCAAUGUAAAUUCAAGGUAAAUGGUGCCACAAGGGGCUUUUUUUUAUAUUUUUCAAGCAUGAAUUCCGAACGUUUUGGGGUCCUAUUUAUAUCACUUGCCAGAUUCCUCCAGCAGAAUUUCUAGUGGGAGUGACACAGGCUGUGUUUGUGCAGUCCUGCUGUUAACAUGUGGAAUAACCUUUUUUAAUGAACAGUGGAUGUUUGGAUUUUUUUUUUUAAAGGCAUUUUUUUCUAAUGAGUCCGUCAAGAGUAUUUUUUUUUUUUUUGUCGUUGCUUUUGACUUUAAAUUGAAACACUGCAUUUUUUUCAGCUUUUGAAGAGCAGAAGCUCCUUUCAGAACCCACCCUGUGCAGUCAACCAAAGUUUGUUUGAACGCAGCCAAAUCACGUUCUGUGUUUGUCGAUGCUAAAGAUUUAUCAGGUAAAAAAAACAAAACCCCACGUUGUAAUCUUUGUCCAGCUGCUCAGGACACGUGGGUUUGAAGUUACAGCUAAGGAAAAAUCGGUGUAUUGACUGAAAUCUGUGUCACGUGCUUUGGGAACGAGGUGGUGAGAGCACAUAAUUUAUUGAUUGUAGGGAUGGAAGUAAGGAUUUCUGUGAGUUAUGCCAUGGGUUGAUCUCUGCAAAGGGGAAAAAAUGCACUACCAGUAGAGGGAACUGAACUUUUGGUGUUAGCUUGGAAAUUCUCCGUUAGGAUCUGUCUGACCUGCUCGUGGGGUGUGUGUGGAUGGAGGAGGCUGCUCGAGAGACGGUGCCGUUCUCAGCCAUUCUCAUUCCUCUCAGCCAGGAGCAUUUUUGGAAUAAGUGGAGGGUUUUUUUUUUUUCCCCAAUCAGCGCUGUGGUUUCGUAGCUUGGGUUCCAAUUCAUCGUCACAUCUGCACUGGUUUUACACGGCCCACGAGAAGAGGGGCAGAGGUGCUGGGAAUGCUGAGGGGAUGGGAUGGCUGAAGGAUGGGAUGGAAGCAGCUGUUCCGUGUUGUGGAAGUCACAGCGAUCCGGCUCCUUUUCUGUUCGUUCUGUGGAGCUCGAGCUCGGUUCUGUCCUGCCAGGCCUGGCUGCCACAGUGAGUGCUCUGCUGCUGAGGUGGUGGAGUGGAACAGCGGGCAAGGGACUGCUUCUGGAGACUCGUGGUGAGAAGCUGGGCAGCCAAAGCCACAUGUUCAGUGGGUUAUUGGGUUUGUGCAGCUGUUGCUGGCUGGGUUGUUCCGAGGGACUUGCUUCCCAUUCCGGGCUGGCUGCAGGGUGAGGCUGCUCAGGGAUGUGAGCAGAGAGCCAAGAGCCUGGGUUUGACAGCCAGGUUUGAGAGAGAUCAGAGCCUUCUUUUAAUGUCAAGGGACUCUUGCACUCCUGUUGAAGGGCUGGUGGUGGUUUUGCUCCCUAAUUGGGCUCCCUAAUUCGCCGCUUCCAGGUAAUUCUGGUUAGCAGAGAAGCUGCUGCUGUGUCAGUGCAGGGCCUGGGAGGGCAAAGCAGGUGGUUGUUGCUCAGUGUGUUCUCUGCCCCUGGUUGGGAACAAGCUCCAAACAGACCCUCCCAGAGCCUCUGCUCCCCCCCUGCACAUGCCUGGGUGUGGUGGAGUCACUGCUGACAGGGAUUUUCCAGGGCCAGGUCCCUGUGCCCCCUUUCCCAGGACCCUCCAGCGCUGCAGAAGUGAGGUUUGGUUUUAUUUCCCCUGCUCUUGCUGCUCCCUGGCCACGAGGGACGUCAUGGCAGGUGUAAAAUCUGCUCUGCUGCAGCUCCUGGGAGGGCUCAGGGGCCACUCAGGGGAUUUGUGGCAGACAGCUCAGCCCAGCCCUGGCCCUGCAGUGUCCCCUGAGCCCUCUGGUGGGUUUACUGAUCCCUUUGUGAGGAGGCAGGAGAUGAGCUCUGCAAGCCCCCAGCCCAUUUUCACAGCAGCCUUAGCAGCACGUCUGGUUUUUUCUACCAAACGUUUUCUUACGGCACAGAGAAAUUUUUUUGUUUUUUUUUUUAACUGCCACAGAUCUAAAUAUUUAAAAUUUAAUAUAUUAUAGGCAAAGCUAGACAAAUCUCCAUUGGACUUUCCAUAGCUGACAGAUGAGGAUGAAUAUACCACGUUAUUUUGAGUGCCUUUCUACCUUCAUAAAGUCUGAGAGCUUUAACUGAAGCACCUCAUCACCCAGCCAGAUGUUCAUCUGAAAGUGCUAAAGGGUUGAUUCCUUUGCAAAAUUUUCUUUCAAGAUCAUGUCAGCUCCUUUCCCCUCAAAAAAAAGAAGGUGCUAAGCCCUAAUAUUGCAUUUUAACCUUGGACUUUCACCCCAUGAUUAAUGUGAAUAUUUAUUUCAAUGUGUCCCUCUUACUGGGUUUUACUUUAUCCAGUCUUUAGUUGUUUUAGAGAGAUGUCACAUCAUGGUUUUAUGCUGUUGCUUUUCCUGAUGAAUGUUUAAUUAUGAACAGUGACUUUUUGUAGAUUUCAAAUAUUACACAGUUGAGUUUCAGAGGAUUUAAUUUCUCGGUGUAAAGAGUUUUGUAAUGGUGCUUUGUACAGUAUGUAUUCUAAUUUUUUUUUUUUUUGCACAUAGUUUCAGUUUCCCUAAACUGAUUUAUUUGUACCAAAAUUUUUUUUUUGUGUUGUACUAAAGUCCAGAGCACACUUUUUUUUUUUUUUUUUUUUAAAUUGCUGUUCUCCAACAAACACUACAUCUGGAUUGAACUUCUGGUGCAUUUGAGAACUGGCUGCAGUGAGGGAAGUCAAAGCUUUGCUUCUCUGUCACCCUCCAGCUGGAUGUAGCACGUUCUGAUGGCUUCGGGUCUGAAACAGCACCACACUUCCCAGGUUGUACUUCACACUAAGUAGUUAAGUCCUGGCUCUGCCACACCCUCAGAGCUUUGUCUGUAGCUGUAAUUAGUUUAUCCAAGUGUAAUUACUCCUCCACAAACUGACAGUUCUUAGUUUCUCAUUGCCAUUGUAUUUAUUACCGAGUGUUUUAGCGUUGGUAUCAUUGUAUUUUCACCCAGCUGUUACAUGAGCUUUAACAACAACGACGACAACAACAAUCUGUAUAAAAUGGUUUUUAAGUACUUAAUGUAUGUACCCAUGCAGAAGUUGAGCAAUAAAUUGUAUGCUGUUUGCACUGUCACAGCAUCAAUGGUUUUAAAA